ACAUAUUUUUUUUUUUUAGUGUGGUCUGUCUCGAGCGAAGAACGUGUAAGCAUUCAUCAAUCCAACCCAAACUCCAUGAACUUUUCAUUCCCAUUUCCUCGGCGCCAUCUCAACUAUCCCUUUUCAAUUCUUCUCUGACUUCCUCUUCCCAGGUUAUGGCGGGGAAGAAAAUUAUUGCCAUAUGCCAGUCAGGUGGCGAAUUUGAGGCUGAUAAAGAUGGUUCGUUGUCAUACCGAGGGGGAGAUGCUCAUGCCAUAGAUAUUGAUGAUCAAAUGAAGUUCAAUGAAUUCAAGAUGGAGGUAGCUGAAAUGUUUAAUUGUAGCAUUAGUACCAUGUCUAUCAAAUACUUCCUUCCCAAAAACAAGAAGACUCUCAUUACAAUCUCUAACGACAAGGACCUUAAACGUAUGAUAAAGUUCCACGUGGAUUCUGUCACAGUUGAUAUAUAUGUUAUGACUGAAGAAGUUGUUGCCCUCGAUGUCUCGAACAUGCCUGCCAGUAGGUCAAGCAGAACAACUUUGUCAGAAGCAGUGGUUCCAGUUGAUGCCCCUCUUGAUAUGAAGGAUGAUAUGGUGGAUGACACAACAUAUCCUGAUGUCUCCCUUGGUUUACCACUUGAUGUUGUAGAUGAUACUACCCACGUUGAUGUUGAUGCCCAAAUUACUAUGCCAAAUGAAAUUUCUCCUGUUCUUCCUCUUUCUAUUUCCAAUGAGGAGAAGCAUGUGAAAGCUGCACAGCAAUGGCAAAACACUAUUACAGGUGUUGGCCAAAGAUUCAGUGGUGUUCAUGAAUUCCGUGAAGCAUUGCGUAAAUAUGCCAUUGCGCAUCAGUUUGCUUUUAGGUACAAGAAAAAUGAUAGUCAUCGUGUAACUGUUAAGUGCAAAGCAGAAGGUUGUCCGUGGAGAAUCCAUGCAUCAAGGUUGUCAACAACUCAAUUAAUUUGUAUUAAGAAAAUGAAUGCAACACAUACAUGUGAAGGGGCUGUUGUAACAACAGGAUAUCAGGCAACAAGGAGUUGGGUUGCAAGUAUAAUCAUGGAUAAGUUGAAAGUUUUCCCAAAUUACAAGCCCAAAGAUAUCGUCAAUGAUAUCAAACAGGAAUAUGGGAUUCAACUUAAUUACUUUCAGGCAUGGCGGGGAAAGGAGAUAGCCAAGGAGCAGCUCCAAGGAUCCUAUAAAGAGGCAUACAGUCAAUUGCCCUUUUUCUGUGAGAAGAUAAUGGAGACAAAUCCAGGUAGUUUUGCUACUUUCACCACUAAGGAAGACUCAAGCUUUCAUCGUCUCUUUGUCUCAUUUCACGCAUCACUGUAUGGUUUCCAACAAGGUUGCCGACCUCUCCUUUUCCUUGAUAGCAUAUCCUUAAAGUCAAAGUACCAGGGCACAUUGUUGGCUGCAACAGCUGCAGAUGGGGAUGAUGGUGUUUUUCCUGUUGCUUUUUCUGUAGUAGAUGCAGAAACUGAUGAUAACUGGCAUUGGUUUUUACUACAACUGAAAUCUGCAUUGCCAACAUCUCGACCUAUUACAUUUGUGGCAGAUAGAGAGAAGGGGUUAAGGGAGUCAAUUGCUGAGAUAUUUCAGGGUUCAUUCCAUGGCUACUGCUUACGCUACCUUACGGAACAACUUUUGAAGGACUUGAAGGGGCAGUUUUCUCAUGAGGUGAAGCGUCUCAUGGUUGAGGAUUUUUAUGCUGCUGCUUAUGCGCCCAGGCCUGAAAGCUUCCAAAGGUGCCUUGAAACCAUCAAAAGUAUUUCACUGGAAGCUUACAAUUGGCUCAUACAAAGUGAGCCCAUGAACUGGGCAAAUGCAUUCUUUCAGAGUGCAAGAUAUAACCAUAUGGCAUCAAACUUCGGAGAGCUGUUCUACAGUUGGGCUUCAGAGGCACAUGAAUUACCAAUAACACAGAUGGUUGAUGUGAUACGGGGUAAGAUUAUGGAGUUGUUUUUUACCCGGCGAACAGAUUCCAACCAAUGGAUGACAAGGCUAACUCCAUCUAUGGAGGAAAAGUUAGAAAAAGAAACCGUGAAAGUUCGUCCCCUGCAAGUGUUACUCUCAGGGGGUAACACUUUUGAGGUUCGUGGUGACACCAUUGAAGUUGUUGAUAUUGACCACUGGGAUUGUAGUUGCAAAGGGUGGCAACUUACUGGUUUACCAUGCUGCCAUGCAAUCGCUGUUAUUAGUUGCAUUGGCCAGAGCCCAUAUGAGUAUUGUUCCAGAUACUUUACUACUGAGAGCUACAGAUUAACAUAUUCAGAGUCGGUACAUCCUAUUCCAAAUGUAGACAGGCCUAUGGAGAAAGAUUCUUCUCUGGUUGCUGUAACUGUAACCCCACCUCCCACCCGUCGUCCUCCUGGUCGGCCCACUACUAAGCGUUUUGGGUCACAGGAGGUAGUCAAACGUCAACUCCAGUGCAGUAGAUGCAAGGGUGUAGGACACAACAAAUCGACUUGCAAAGAAUUACUGUAGAUUAUUAAACACUGUGAGUAUACACAUUCACUAUUCUAUGAUGUUAUUCCUGCUAUAUUGGCCUGCAUCAUGUUAUUGGAUGAUGGUGAGUUAACUUGCAAUGUACAUCAUGGCUGUAUAUUUUGUGCAUGAUCCCAUUAGUCUUGUGAGAGAACUCUUUUCUCCAUAGUAAAUAAGCAUGGAGAAAAGAUUACUUGAGUGGCUUCUUCUCUGGAAUUUGCAGUGGUUUAGGGUCUAAUUGAAGUUGUGAGGGUAUCCAGGAGAGUGAUAAAAUGAUAGGUAUUUUUCAGGUACUGACUCUGCCUCCUGCUGCCUGCUGACCACAGGCACCUCCAAAGUGUGUUUAGUGUGCUCCAAUUUUUCAGUGUGGGAGUCGUUUCCUAUAAAAUAAAAUAAAAAAUUGUCAAGUGUGGGAUGAUUUAUUACCAUUUAUUAAAUAAGCAUGGUGGUUGUAUAUUAUCUUGUCAGCCUAAUUUUCUGUGUCUACUCAUCACCCAUUCUAUUAAUUUCUUUCUGGUUAAAAGAGUUUAAAGAACAAAAACAUAUUUGUAUGGGAUUUACUCCAUCAGGGAAUGUUGGAAUAGGAAAUUUAUACCAUUUCCUGUUCAUUAUUGUAUUUGAAUUACUUUUUAGAAUUGGAAUAGGAAUAAGAAAUUCACUCUUGUUGGGAUUUUGAUUUUUUUUUUCCCACAUGGGAUUGUGAUUCACUUUCAUUGUCAUUUCUAUUCUUAUUCCUAUUUUGCAUACCAAGCACAUCCUCAAUUGAUCCUCUGUGUUAUGCCAAAAUGACCCAUAGGUUUGAUUAAACAUAUGAUAUGCGACCUUAUAGCUUUAUAACUUAUUUUCAUGCCAAACACCCACCAAUCUUUUCUUAUAAAAAAAAAUUCAUAAUGGAUGCCUUAGAGCAUGUUAAAGAACCAACUGGUAUUGAUACCUAAAGGAGUGCCAAGUCCUCCAUUUUCCAUAACUCAACUUGCAAUUAUAUGUUAGUUCUGCAAAGACCAUGGAUCAAGCAGAGAGAAUGAGGACAUGACAAUGUUUCGCCGCAAAAGUUGUUUAUUAAAAUAGUGACAGCAAGAGCUAAUCAGGUUGUUAGCUUCAGAUUUGACAAAAGGAGACAGUAGCUUACUAGCUUGAACCAUAGUGGAGAUAAUUUAAGUGAUGCCUAGGUGGUUUCGGUGGAGAUAGAGACUCUAGCUUGUGUUUUCUUUUGUUGGGGUGUAAGUGUUCGUUAUGAUUUGAUCACUGAGGCAAAUACAAGCUCUCUCAGGUCAGGUAUCAUAUAUAACCCGUCAGAAUCUUAAUUCUUGCAUCUUCAUGAGCUUCUAUUAAACAUGCUGUAGUGCAUUUCUGGUGGUUUCUAUAUUCAGUGUCAAACACAUAGGAUUAUUCUUUUGGUUUCUAUGUUCUUUUGUUUAAUUAUCUUUCACACGUUUGAAAGUGGGAAUGUGGAUUUUUCUCCCUUCUAAACCAUUUCUUGAGCUGCUAAUGGGAGUUGCAGAUGGUUUACACAUGGUUUAAAUGUUCAAACAUGCUGUUGCUUCAUAUUAAACCCAAUAUUUUGUUGGGAAGACUGCUUCCUCCCUGGUGUUGUUGCUUGCUUGAGCUUUGUUUUGUAUGACUUCCCAUUCUAAGUAAUACCCUUUUUUUUUUCCUAUUCUGUCAACAGGAUAAGGAGAAUCAGCUUUUGUACAUCUAACAAAUCGGAAGGAAGGAAGUGAGUGACACUAGUAAAACUGCAUUUCAGUGUUAAAAUAAUCAAAAAGCCAUGGUAUUGGUAUUUGGUACCCCCUGCUGCCGCAUGUAGUGGAAGUUCUUUUUGCUGUAUUUAUGAUUCUUUUUUUCUUCCUAACUUGGAAUUCUUGGUAGCUACGACUAUGGACAAUAAUUAUAAGAAAGGUUUGUGUUAGGUUUCUCAUGACACACAGCUUCUUUUAAGCCUGAGGGCAGAGAGAGAGGCGGAGUGGGGCUUCCAGAUGAUGUAAACAUCCAAGUUUUUUUGUUCGUGUAAAGCUCAUGGAGAUGUAUCCAAGGAAGACGCCUUUCUCCCA